UAAUAUAAUUUAAAUUUUAAAUGGAAAGCACUGAAGAGUUCCACAAAAAAUACGAGAAGGAAAUAUGUAGCCUAUUGUUCCAGUACCUACAAGAAAGAGGACAUUCAGAAUCAGCCAAAACCUUCCAAAAAGAAAGCGGACUUGAAAUUGAGGGAGUAGCUUUACAGAAUUUCAAACAAUUAGUAACCGAUGGAAAUUUUGACGAAGCUAUUAAACUUAUUCCUGAAUUAGAAGAUGAUUGUAUGAAAGCUGCACAAAUAAAAAUAGCUCUUUACGAGCACAAAUACUUAGAACUCCUCCAGAAAGGAAGUAAUUGUGAAGCAAUUGAAGUAUUGAGAACACAAAUAGUCCCAUCUUCAAAACUUGGAACUCAAAAUAUUGUCCAACAAAACAGAAUAGUUGACCUUACAUCAAUGGUUAUGGAUGUAGAGAAAACAUCAAAAGCCCUGUUCCCUUACAACAGCACUGGAGAGUCUGCAAGGAGUAAUCUGUUUUCAUACCUGGAAAACUUUAUUUCUCCCAUAAAAAUGAGAUCUCAAAGCAAAAGAGAUAAUGGGCAGGAAAGAGCGGAAGAACGUAAUAACGGCGCCCCUAGUACAGAUAAAGUAUCAACUUUAUUAAAAAUAUCUCAGAAUAACUUAUUAGAAAAUCUUUUACAAACUUCGUUGAAUUAUCAAAUAUCUCAGUGUAAGUGCUAUGGAUAUGACAAAGAAGAAUCUCAGUAUUCUUUAUUGGAAUACCAUGAGUGUAACCUAAACCCUCCUUCAAAAACUCUAUUGACAACAAUUAGUAACCAUAAGGACGAGAUCUGGUAUGUUUCCUUAUCACCAGACGUCUCAAAGCUCACAUCGGUAAGCCAGGAUAAAAUGAUUAACGUGUGGGGACUUGAAAGAAAGGAGAACAAACUUCAGAUCGACCUUAUUUCCUGUAUUGAAGAAAGUCAUACGAACAAAAAUUGCGAAAUCUCAUGCAUUCAGUGGCAUCCAGACUCUACAAAAUUCCUGGUUGCUUGUGACAACAUCAAAGUAUUCAAUGCUCUUACUGGAGAAUGCAUAAAAGUGAUUGACGGGGAAACAAGCAGCAUUAGGUCAGCUGCUUGGGUUAAAGAAGGAGAAGAGAUCAUCUUCACUGAACCUGAAAAAGGUAUGAGAUGUGUUAACGCCAAUAACACUGACAUCUUCUAUGAUUGGACAGGAUUUACAUUCAUCGACAUUGCCUCAGUCCCUAAUGUAGACAAAUUUGCCUAUUGCUCAGAAAACCAAGUCGGAAUUAUUUCCAUAAGCUCAAGAGAAAAGAUCAAACUUUUAAGCGUCAAGAAGAAAAUUAGGGCUAUUACAAUGUCCAAAGACGGGCAAUCACUCCUUGUAAGCAAGCAUGCUAGUGAAGAAGAGAACAAAGCAGUUAUCGAGCUCUGGGACAUUAACAAUGAUACCAAACUUCAAAAAUUCGUUGGCCACACCCAAGAAAAGUUCAUCCUCAGUCCAAUAUUUGGAGGAAAAUUUGAAAAAUAUGUUGUUAGUGGGUCUGAAAACGAUAAAGUUUAUAUCUGGGAUAAAUCAACUGGAGACAUUGUAGAAACUCUCGAAGGGCACCAAAAUGUAGUAAACUCAAUCGCUUGGGAAGACAAACUCCCGAAUUAUUUAUUCUCUUGUUCCUACGACCAAACAAUCAAAAUCUGGAUAAACUCUACUGAUAAGGUCCAAGCUGAAAUUGAGCCAAAAUAUUUGUGAAAUGAAGAAGAAAUAGACAGCCAGAUGAAUGAUGACGAUAGCGACCAAUCCAUGAUUGAAAAUGAAAGUGAACUCGAAAGCGAGGAAAUAGAAAGUGAUGAAUAA